UUAUUUCAUCAACAUGGACCCUCAUCUACUUGAUUUUCAUCUUCCAAUAAUACUUCAUCAAAUUCAUUAGAAAAAUCCAAUUCAGCUAAACAAUAUGAAAAUCAGUUUACAACUGAAAUGAAUAAUAUUGAUCGAAUACUACAUGAACAUGAUCCAUCAGUAAUUGCUUGUUUAUUAGCUCGCAUUUUACAUUGACAAGGUAUUGGUUUAAUACCUAAUCCAUUAGGUCGUUUAUUUAUUCAAUUAAUUAGUAGCAUCAAACAAAAUGAAAUUUAUCAAUGUCGUGCUAUACAUUUAUUAUUUCUAUUAUGUCCAAUACGUUUAGUUCAACAAAUUAUUAAACCAUUAUUUGAAUUAAUGGCUACAGUUGCAAAUCAACCAGAUUGUGAAGUAGAUAAAACUAGUUUAGUUGUAUUAUUUUCACCGAUAUUCUUUCUUGAUCGUUCAACUACUAUACCAAUUUCAUUAGCUAAUCCAUUACCAAUACAUGUAUUAAAUUUAUGUGUUAAAUUAGCACGGGAUGAAUUAAAAACAAAUUUAUCUGUGACAAAAUUAUUUCAAGUUCCUUCAUUAUUUUUACAUGAUUGUACAAGAACAUUAAUUUUACAUCAAAAGGGGUUUGUGGAGAAUUUAGAAUUUUUCACAGAUUUAAAUCAUGAGUCAGUUGAAGCUAGACCAUCAAUCGAUGGAAAUAACGCGUGCUGUACUACGCCAAGCGAACGUAGAUAUUUAAUACAUUGAUCUAGAUCUAUAAACAUCUAUGAAAUGAUGACCCAUCUUGUCUACAUAGAUAAUGCGACUUUUUUCUUGAAUUAUGUACAUUCACAUGUAUCUAUCCAUAUUGUAUUAGAUAUAAAAUCAAGUCCAUUAUGUAUAUAGUGAAUAACUAAUAUAAUACAUAAAUUAAAUUAACAUUUUCAACUUGACUUACAUUUUUAACUAAUGGAGUGACACAAUCCUUUGAGUUACCACAAACUGGGGAAUGAGCACGUGGUCUUUUAGCUGUUAAAUUAACCACAAUUUCAAAGAAUUUUUGAUGUAGCCUCAAAAAUAUCCAGUACCACUGGUUAUAAUUAAUUCACUCUCAACAUAUCUGUACUGUUCCAGUCAAAAUUUCUUAUUAGAAUUUCAGGAACAUGUUGAAAUAAGUCAUUGGUGAAUUAAUCAUAAAUACAAAUUAUUAAUUAACAAUUAUAUAUGAAUGAAUAUUGUGAAUAAAUCUAUAUUUGCGUGCGCGUUUGGAAUAAUGAGUAACAACAAUACAAUGAUCAUACAAUCAUCACCAUCGUCAUUAUCAUUAUGAACAGAGAAUGUUGUUUUCUCUUUUCUUUUCUUCUUGUCAAGAUAAAGAAAAAUCCUAAAGGUAUCCUAAUACCAGCAUAACUAGUUUUCUUCUCGUUUCAUUUUAUCCCAGUAUACUGUUAUUUAUACGCAUGUAUGUAAACAUUUAAGACGUUGUAACUAGCUGAUAACAAGUUAUUUAGACAUAAAAUAUAAUUGAAUAGAUAAACAAACUAACAAGAGAAUAAGAAAAAAAAUCAGUUAGAUAGCUACUCAACUACAAAAAAAUUGCUUCCAAAAGACAAGCAAGCAUAUGGAAACACUAAGAAGCGUUUCAUCCAAUCAGCGUUCACUUGGAGUCUUGGCCAAAAAUACCAAGGAAGCAAAACGUCACAUGUAGAGUCUCUGAUUGGUUGGCUGCUGCACUGCUACUAUGUUUAGUAGCAUUUUAGAAUCUUCUAGCAACCCAAGGACAUUUAAAAUAUUAUAAAAACCCUGUAUUUUCUGAAUUAGAAUGAACCUUGGAGUAAACUACUUCUCGCAUACCUUGAGUCUUCUCUCUCGUGUUCAGGUCGCUAUAUAGUUCUAGCUUCGGGGUUACAGAAUAGCUUAGGAGACGAAUAGAGCAUUCAAUCUGCAAGACUUAUCAAUUAUUAUUAUUAUUAUUAUUCUAUGUAACUGUAAUAUAGACUGAUAUACUUUUCUUGUUGUCAUGUUGAUUAUCAAGUUGGUUGAUUGAUUGAUUGAUGGAAUGGUGCCAAAUAUAAAACUCAGAAUCAAUAAAAAAAGGAUUCUCCCUUUUCGUUUCUAUAUUGAAAAAAGAAAGAAAGAGAUAAUACUAUUCAUGAUAAUGAUAAUUUACUUAUCAUAUGACAUAUAGAUAACUAAACAAUUAAUUAUAAUGAUAUAACAUUCUUGAAGAUUUAAUCAUUCUUUUGUUAGAUCUUGAAUAGUAACUAUUGGGAUCUAUUUCUAGACUAAUACUAUGCAUAAUAUAUUUAUUGUAUGGUUACUAAGUGGAUAAACUAUGCAUAUCCAUGUUCCUCCUAUCAUAUGCUUUAUUUUGACUUAUAGACCAUUAUGAUACCAUUCACCAUUCUUGAGUUAUGUCCGAUCUAUCCAUUACUAUCUCCUACAUUCACAACCACUUUUGACUACUAUCUUGUAUAAAUGUAUAUUUUCUACUUUAUGGUACGAUGUGGUCUGUUUGGUUUGUAUAUAAACCCAGUAUGUUUGAAAUACAUGAUUGAUAUCGUGGAGGCUGAGACUGGUGUUCUGGACUCAAUGAACGAACUAGGAGAAGGACCGAUCAAGACUCUAAACUGCUCGUACGAUUUUACGCGUCAUUGAUAAAUCAUUGUUCUCUAAUUGGUGGUAUCAUUAUGUGAUCCAUCAACAGAGUGCACAUGCCACAAGUUAUAACAUUUGACACGGGUUCAUUAUUUGUCGAGAAGAGAUAGUCUUUAAACUAGUUUUCUUUUCUUUUCUUUCCCACCCCAGAUACAUGAAUUCGUCUCUUUUCGUUUCUUUUCUUAAUCAAAUCAUGAUUUUGUUUGUUUGUUAACACUUUGAUUAGUUUAUCAUUAUCUUAUGUAUCUUAUGUAAUUCAAUGUUUAAUAUAAUAACUUCAUGUUUGUUCAUGUAAUAUAUACAAGACAGAAUUUCCUAUUUUUGUUCAACUUCAAAUUUCUUUGAUUUUAUUCCAAAUCUUAUGAUGAUAUAAACUAUGAAAUUCAACAAACUAGUGAUAACAUUCAAACGUAAGAAACACCAAAUGUGUUAACUACAGAGACAAACAUCAAGAGGUAAUUCUUGAAAUUCUAAUGAUGAAUAGACAUGAAAAAUAGAAAGUUGACAAGCAUCUAAUAUGAGAGAAUAGAUCUAUCGCCAAUUCCAAACGAUGAACAUUCCACAUUGUCAAUUUAUCGGAAUGAUCUAAACGUUAAACAAUUGUUGUAGUACAAAACAUG